AUGGUCAUGUCAAUCAUCUCAGGUGUCUACGGCAUCAGUUCCACCUUCUACUCCAACCUAUUCAUCACUCUUCCAUACCCAGAGACCAAGGAUGACCUAUCCGACAAAGUCAUGAUUGUAUCUGGUUCCAACCAAGGCUUAGGCUUUGAGUCCAGCCAACACCUCCUCCGUCUUGGCCUCGGAAAGCUCAUCAUGGCUGUUCGCAGUCUCGAAAAAGGCGAAGAAGCUCGUCAAGAAUUAUUGAAGUUGACAAAGCGAGAGCCCGAGUCAAUCGAGGUAUGGUUUCUUGACAUGGCAAACUACGAAUCUGUCAAGUCAUUUUCUUCCAGGGCAAACACUUUGCCCAGACUUGACGUUGUGCUCGCCAAUGCUGGCCUUGCAACUUCAGCUGAGUUUACCACUGCCGAAGACAAUGAACGUACCAUCACUGUCAAUGUCAUCUCAACAUUUCUUCUCUUCUUCCUUCUACUUCCAAAGCUCCGCAAAUCUUCCUACCCAGGAAAAUUCGUCAUUCCCAACUCAGCUACACACUACUGGGCUCCCACCAAAGAGCUCAUUCCCGACGAAAAGGCCGGGCCCAUCUUCUCUCGCCUCAACGACCCAGUCAAAUCCAACAUGGUCAUGCGAUACUACGUAUCCAAGCUCAUGGUUCUUUAUCUUACGAGGGAGAUCGCGGGCCGUCUUGGCAGUACCGAGAAGAAUGGAGUGAUUAUCAAUACCCCGAACCCCAGCUAUUGCAAGUCUGGCUUGUUGCGGGAAAAGCAGGAAUCCACGCCUCCAGACUUCUUGGCUCGGACGUCAGAAAUGGGGAGUCGUGCGCUUGUCACUGGCGUUCUUGCUGGUCCUGAAUCUAACGGGCAAUACAUGAAUAAUUGCCAAAUCCAUGAACCGGCGUGUCAUGUCACCAACAAGAUGGGUUCUCAGAUACAGACUGCCUUAUACAAGGAGCUCCUUCAGAAGUUGGAAGCCAUUGCGCCUGGCGUCACCAAGAAUCUGUAA